AUGGCGCACGCGGGGCGCACGGGCUACGACCACCGGGAGAUCGUUCUCAAGUACAUCCACUACAAGCUGGCGCAGCGCGGCUACGAGUGGGAGGCGGGCGACGUGAGCGCAGCGCCCCCCGAGCCGGGCGCCCCGUCCUCGCCGCCCGCCGCGCCCCGGGGCCCGGCCGUCCGGACCUCGCCUCCCUCGGCUGCCCCGGAAGCCCAGCCGGCGCCCAGCCCGGUGCCACCUGUGGUCCACCUGACCCUGCGCCAGGCCGGCGACGACUUCUCCAGGCGCUACCGCCGCGACUUCGCCGAGAUGUCGAGCCAGCUUCACCUGACGCCGUUCACCGCGCGGGGACGCUUUGCCACUGUGGUCGAAGAGCUCUUCAGGGACGGGGUGAACUGGGGGCGCAUUGUGGCCUUCUUUGAGUUCGGUGGGGUCAUGUGCGUGGAGAGUGUCAACCGGGAGAUGUCGCCCCUGGUGGACUACAUCGCCCUCUGGAUGACCGAGUACCUGAACCGGCACCUGCACGCCUGGAUCCAGGACAAUGGCGGCUGGGACGCCUUUGUGGAGCUCUACGGCCCCAGCAUGCGGCCUCUCUUUGACUUCUCCUGGCUGUCUCUGAAGACGCUGCUUAGUCUGGCCCUGUUGGGAGCUUGCAUCACCCUGGGUGCCUACCUGGGGCACAAGUGA